UAUAGGGUCUAUCAGUCCAUCUCGCAGUCAAAGUAGAUGACUGUGUUUUACCUGAAGCAUUCAUUUUCAGCUGUUCUUGUCAAGACGAAAAGGGAGACAAUGGGGCCGCUGCUGCUUUUGGUCUGCAUGCUGGGAGCAACGCUCGCAGCUCCUGUCCCAGAAAGUGGAAGCAAUGAGCAGGUGGCAGCACAUGCUAAUGCUGCUCUGCAUUGGAUGGAGAUGUACCGGAGCUCCCUGCAGCUGGGUUCCCCGAUGGAGGAGCAAAUGAUGGGUGACGCACCUGCUGCAGACCUUCCCGCUCCUCCGGUCAGUGAUGACUCAGAGGAAGAGGAGGAAAAAGCCGCCGCAGCCCCCAAAGCAGCCGCCGCCGCCCCGCUGAACUCGGAGGAGGCUGGCGAGGACGGAGCCGAGGAGGAGGAAGCGGCAGAGGCGGCCGAAGAGGAACCUGCGGCCGAAGAGGAACCUGCGGCCGAGGCAGAACCCGCGGCCGAGGCAGAACCCGCGGCCGAGGCAGAACCCGCGGCCGAGGCAGAACCUGCGGCCGAACCCGCGGCCGAAGGGGCUACUGAAGCUGUUGCCGAGCCUGCUGCCGAAGCUGCCGCUGUCGACCCGGCCGUAGUGGAGGCCCCUGCUGCGGAGGUAGUCCCAGCCGACGCCACUCCCGUGGUGGAGGCGGCCGCUGUGGAGGCUCCCGCGGUGGAGGCUCCCGCGGUGGAGGCUGCAGCGGUGGAGGUUCCCGCCGCGGAGGCUGCCGCGGUCGAGGCUCCAGUGGUCGAGGCUGCAGCGGUGGAGGCUGCCGUGGUAGCGGUGGAAGCGGUGCCAGAGCUGGUGGUACUAGCGGGUCCCGUGGAGGUCCAGGCUGGGACAGCGUAAUCGCCCCAGUUUGUCACCUCAGUUUCUCUCCUACUGACCUGAGUAUUAUGUCUCAGUAGGCCUAGGUCAUGUUAAUAAGUAGCCCACUGACGGCGGCAGAUUUUUUGUCAUUUUGCCGGAUCAUUGGACAGAUCACAGGCCGCAUAUGGUCAGCCCAGACUGAUGUUAUUUUUCUUAUGUCAUUUACUUGAUGAUGUUUGUGAUGAUCUGUGAAAAUAAAUAGGCCUAUGUGGUGGUUGAAUGCAUCCACUCAUCAGGUUUAUUGUAUCACACUUAAAACGGAUCAAAUUGAUUAAAAGGUAACCAUUUACAAUAAGGGUACAAUAAUGAACUAUCAAUCUAAAUUAGUUAAUGCGAUUAUAAGCAUUAUCUAACAAUAACAAGAAGAUAAUUAACUUCUUAACGAAUAAUGGUGUAGUAAUUGUUGCAUAUUCUCGAAGAAAGUUGUCCAAUCCCCAGUUCAUUUAUUAUAAAGUCUGCAUGUUUCGGUAUGGUAACUGAAGCUAUACGGAGGGAAUUGUAUCUAACACGUGGAGAGGAAAAUACCGUGAUCUACUUCAAGCCCCCCAUGGCUUAGGCCCGGGCGGCUCUCUGCCCGUCUACCUAUUGAUCUCUGGCCUGUUCCCUCGACGUCCUCCGUACAGGACGUCAAGUGGGUAACUUAAUUAAAGGUGAAGUGGGAGCAGCCUUCAAUAACGUCAUGCUCCCCUUGUGGCUAUGUGAGGGUAACGCAGCUUAUAUGUUUGGUCCUACUUCCUAGUGGACAAGUGAGGGAAGCUUAGAUUCUUAAAAUACGUAACAUAGUCAUUACUUGUUAACUAAGUCAGUUAUCGAUUUAUACUUUUUCUAAUAGCACACAAAUUAAUAUAUUUGUUGUAUUAUAUUGAAUGAUUACUAGACCAUAAAUUAACUGUAAAUAAGCCCUUAGUUCACAUCACUCAUUG